ACUCAGAAUCGUCAUUUAUAUCGGAACCAGUGUGCGAGUGACUCGGUCCUCCAUAUUCGCGUUUUGAUAUAAUAUCGAUAAAUUGUGUGAGGAAUAUUUUCUGUAAUUUUUUCGGUGAGUUUCGUAGUACAGUGCGAAGGGAGUGGAAUCGAUUGGUUCUAGCUGGAGCAUAUAUUUAGCAGGAUCCAGAUAAUCACCACCAGCAGCGAUGAAGAAUUGAAGGAUAUAUUUGUCUGCAAAAGAAAACCCUUGACGACUGGAAUAGGAACUGUGAAGAAGUGAAGAACAUUUCGCCUUGCAAAGCAGUGAUAUGACCCCGUUAGUUGAGCGUUAGGUGAUGUUUCAUAUCGGAAGGAUUGCGGUCAUUGAGUUUGGAGCUAUCGAAGAUUGGCCAAGUUUGACGAUUUCAUGUGAAACUGUAGCUACGCAAGAGUUACAUCCAUUUUGCCUACGGUGUACUUUAAGGUGUGAAAAGAAAAAUCAGACAGUGCGUGAUUGGAAACUGCCCAUGUGUCCGCGAGUGUGUUCGUGUCGCUAGCCAUUGCGAAUCCAACCUAGGAGGAGAAGAGCUUUGUAUGUGUGUUUGCUUGGGAAAAUUUAUGUUCAGCAAUUUUCAACCUACUGCCGCCCGUUGUCCUCUUUUAUCGCCAUUCACCAUUCCGGAAGUUUUGUCCGCUUUGGGAUUACUAGUCCAUUGAGUGCUUGGCGGAAGUAAGACACUAACUCGAUUAUUGGCAGGAUAUAUUCAAGUGCGAGAUCCAAGAAAAGAGCACAAGAUAUAGUGAGUAGUUCAAUUAGAGCAAAAUUGCUUGAAGGGAUGGUGUUGUGACAAAGUAGAAUAUUUCGGGUGGUGAGGAGCAGUAAGUGUGACAAACACAGAUAAAAAUAAUACAGAUAUAAAGGGAAUACAUGUGAAAAAAGCUGCUGGUUUUCGUUGUUAUAUAAAAUCCUCCUAGGGCUUAGCAAUCCACUAAGGAGAACUGAAGUGGCGGCGUUAAUAUAAUUUCCAUUGGUCGUGGUUCGAUAAAAUAUUCAUCGAAAAUUCCCUCAUCAAUAGUACUCGAUACGACAGACCGAGAGCUGAGAUUGGCCGAAAUGGGUACAGUAUUGAGUUUCAGUCCCCGGGAGCGUCGACCCAUUUAUUCCACGCAUCACCACAGCGCUGGUACGCUGUCGUCGUCGAAUUCGGCUGAUUUUCCUUUGAACAACUACUCGUACGAGCAGUUGAACAAUGUGAAAAACCGCGAAAACACUAAACCGCCGAACUUGAUACAAUCGGUGCCUAACAAUAACGCUAUCAACAACAAUAACCUUAAUCUUAGUGGUAAAGAUGACGGUAAGAAUAAUAACGCUAACAAUGCCGGAACGCUAAUGAUGCUCCAUCAGCAAACUCAUCAGACCAGCAUCACUGGAAAUAGUAACAUCAAUAGCAUCAACAACAACAUCAACAGUAACAACAACAGCAACAGCAUACAAGAGCGCAACAAUAAUAACAACUGCAGCAGUAACACAGACAGCUCGCGGAUUCUCUCGGAGAAGAAUGCUCUGGAGAAGAAUCUCAAGAAGCAUUCGUUGUUCAUCAAUGCACUUUCGUGGAAACGACUGGCAGCCUCCCAUGGCAAGAAGAAGCUGGACAACCAGAAGAACAAGUCGGCCAACCUGGCGACGGCAGCAUUUCGCACGCCACUGACGGACACCAUCCAUCCGAUGGUGGACAAGAACAAGAAUCUGCAACAGUCCCAGUCAUUUACUCAGCCAAUUAGUGGAUCGCAGCAUCAGCUGCAACCGAUUCAGGUAUCCCAGCAACAGCAGCAACAUCAGCACCAGACGGUCUAUUUUACACCCGGCGGUCCGAAGGCACUGCUCGCUUUGGACCUUGUUCGAGCGAACAACACUAACCCCCUGUCGCAGCCGGAUAAGCUGGCACCGAAGCUACCGUUGCAGUUACCACUGCCACUUCAACCGAUUCUUGGCCAACAGCAGACUCAUCAACAGCUUCCGCAGCAGUUACACCAUGGGCACGGGCCAAGGAAAACUGUUAUUCAGGCCUCCACCUCCGAGCUGCUGAAGUGCUUGGGCAUGUUCCUGCACGACCGGUGCCGAAAACUACGAGAUUUCCAAGCAGGUGACGCCGUGAUGUGGCUGCGGGCAGUCGAUCGGAGUUUACUGCUUCAAGGAUGGCAGGAUGUUGCUUUCAUCAAUCCCGCAAAUGUGGUUUUCGUGUAUAUGUUGGUCCGGGAACUGGUGGACGGUGAAGAGACCAAGGAAGCUGAGCUGCAGGCAGCGGUGCUGACCUGUCUCUAUCUGUCCUAUUCGUACAUGGGAAACGAGAUUAGCUAUCCUCUAAAACCGUUCCUCGUCGAGGACUCAAAGGACAAGUUCUGGGAUAGAUGUCUCCUAAUAGUCAAUCGGUUGUCGUCCAACAUGUUGCGAAUCAACGCCGAACCAGGAUUUUUCACCGAGAUCUUCACCGAGCUGAAGGCCUGCGGUAUGAAUUCGGCAAACUCGAACUCAAAUGGAACUCUGCCGUGCGGUGCAGCUUGACGCAGCUCCAGCAACAGCCGACAUCCCCGCGAAGUUGUCGUCCGGCUAUCGAUUGCCGGCCAACAACAAAAGUAUCAGCACCAAACUACCCUCCAGGAGCUGACCAGCGUGGUCUGAAUGGUACUACCAACACCCACUGCUAGGAUUGAACCAAGAUGAUGAUAGUCAAACAAACAGUCAACGAGCGUCGAGCCUAUUACACUGUUACUACUAAAACUAACGUACAACUCCCACAUCCAAAAUCAUCAUCAUCAUCAUCAUCCUAGUAUUGCAACUAGUAGGCCAGCGUCGCCGUCGUCGUAGUUCGUAUACUCACCAUACUAGUAGUAGUUGUAAUCGAUAAUAACGUGAAUCUCUGCAAAAGAGUUUACGGUACUUAGACCCUGCAGUUUGGACUUUCGUUUCAUUGAAAACAAAACUGACCCACCCUCCUCUUCGCUAUCAAAACGCUAGCUAGUACAGGUACGGCAUAAAGAUUAGAACAGGAAACAUAAAGAUGGUACUCAUAUUUAUUGGAUAAUUUAUUUCGUUGUGGCAGAAAGCCCGACUCGAAACAAACAAACUAGUAUUUGAAGCUAUAUUUAUGUAGACGUGUUCAGGAAAUCUAAGAAGUACGAAUUCAGCGAUCCAGAGUGAGGUAAGCCGUAGGGUUAAGACAGAUUCGUUAUUUUACAACUCAAUUUGCCCUCAACAAGAAAAAAAAAACAAAAUGUGAUUCGAGUAAAAGUAUGUUAAAAGUAGACAAAAUUUAUAAUACAUAUAAGAUAAAUGCAGUAAUGUGUCGAGGAAUGAAAAUGCUCGAUCCGGAUAUAAAGCAUAAAUUUAAAAAAAAUCUGAAGUCAUCGUCAAAAUGCAGCUACGGAAAAGUGUUGACAGAUAGGGCGGUCUGAUUGCGUGCAAAUUAUCUUCGGUUGAUAUUCCCUUACCAUAGAGACUUUCAAAUGUCAAGUUGACACAGAGAAAAAUCAAAUCACUCUUCAUUGCUUAGUCGGUCGCGUGCAUUUUUACUUAUACACUUUGGUCAAAACAGAAAGGGUAAGACAUUUUAGCGAAAGAGAUAGUUAUGUAGGAAGGCCAAUUGAAAGGAAGAAAUGUUUAGUUUAGGGGACAGUUUACUUAUGAUGCAAUUAGAUAUAACUUUUUUUUCUUUGAGUCAAUCAAUUUUCAUUUCAGAAGAUAUCCAGUCCAGAUCUGCUGUUGAAAUAUUAUGUAAUACAUCAUUUGAAACUAUAUGAUUUCCACAGUAAAUAGUUGAAAAAUUGGGACUUUUGGAAUAACAUUAAUGCAAAUAUUGAAAGAUAUUCGAUCAAACAAUAGUCAAUGAAUUUGGUAGGCUCUAAUCACAUAAUGGUUGUCAGGAAAAUGAUAAAAACUUUCUAGGAAUAAUCAUUUUGAAUUGGUAAUGAAAUGCAUCCUGGUUUCACUCUAAAUUGUAACAUUUUAACCCUGGAAGUCUGUUUAAUAGCAAGUUGAUAGACACUAUCUUAGACUCUUUGUUAGCUUUCUCUCUUCAACGAGAAAAAUAGUGAGUCAGUAGCAGAAGAGUAACUAAACGAAGAGAAACUCUCAUUGGUUUAUGUUAGAGUGGCUAAAAUCAGAGAGACGUCAGCAGUUCGUUUGGAAUGACAGAUUUGUUCCAAACGAGCAAACGACCUGUCUAAUACAAUGUAAAGCUAACAAAACUGCCAACAUUUCGGCCUUAAGGGUUUGCAUUGUUGCCAACAUUACGGAUGAGCUGUCGUCACUCUGGUUUUAGGCUUUCUAGUUUAUGUAACCUCAUGAAAUGUUCACAUAGUUGAUGCUUUUACCCAGUAAUUUUCGUGCACGAAAUUUACGAUUGCGUUUCAAUUAUAAGUUUUACAUUUAAAUUUUGUCUCGUCAAAUCGAAGCAUGAUAAUGUGAUAAGCAUUUUAAUGCGAUUGAUGCUAAAGUACUUGUCGAGCUCUUAUAUAAGCUACCCAAAAUUAGGUCGUUAUCUACUCAAACUUUGACUUGAUCGUAAAAAAUGGGUAGUGUACUUUGUUAUGGCAUAACACUUUGGGUAAACCAACAUUUACCUUAAUUUUGAGGUAAUCACUCAUUACCUAAAAUUGGGGAGAUGUACUUUAGUUGAUUUUAGGUAGGUUUUGAUCCAAAAUUAGGUAGCGGCUGGUACGAGUGUAUGCCAGGGAUUCCCAAACUAUUUUGGGUCAAGGACCCCUUUACUAAAAUUCAUUUAGGCCUCAGACCCCCAUCAUCAAAUUCGUUUGAAAAUUCAAUUUUUUGCCUUUUUAAUAUUGAUGUAAAAUACUGACCAAUUUCUGCGGAUGGUAAAAAAAAACUUGGCAAAACAUAGUCGCCUGUAUCUUAGUUAGCCGAGCGUUUUCAUCUUUUCACCUUCGCUGAAAAUGUCAAAGAUUUCGAUCGGUAUGACAAACAGCUGGCAGACACGUCCAAUUUAGAAAUCCUAGUGGAUACGGAUGUCUUAUUUGAGGUGUAUGUUUGGUAGCGCUGAGGCAGCUGGACGCCAGAAUGGCUGCCAGCAAAGACUUCAUAUUAACAAGAUAUCCAGCUCUCACAUUUCCCGAACAAAUCAUUGGCAACAUUCUUUUUUGCGAGCAUGGCGCCCUCAAGCGAGUUCGCAUCGAAUCUCGUACAUAGAUGUAUGGGAAAGAAAUGUCAAAUUCGUGCGCGCCAAAAUAGCAGCACUGCGCACUCAUACAAUUGAUAAGAUUUGUUGAAUGUGAUACCGUGCGAUGGCGUUGCUGGACUGAAGAUUGAUUUCGCUCAAAGCUGACAGGGUCUGCUGCCAGCCACAUUUUACUCGCUGGCAGCGUUAGCCAGCCGUAUGACAGCCGGCUUUAUGCGGGUAACAGUGACCCCGGAUAAACUUGACUGGCUGACAACUGUGCAAUGUUAUUUGUUUUGUUAUAAACGCUUUUGUUCUUGUUUGGACAGUUAAUUUUGGAUUGAAAAUGAUAAAUUAAAUAACAUAUAAAAACUUACGUUUUCUUCCAUUUUAGUAGCUGUCAAAAAUUGUUCAAUUGCAUUACACAACAAAUUCAUUUUUUCGCCAAACGGUGCGGCGAGGGAAAUCAAGAACAAACUGAAAGACGGAAGAGUAUUUCAUGUCAAUAAGGCUUUGAUUGCCGUCCUUAAAACGCGUCUGGAAGCCGUCAAAUUUCCGUGGCUUCCGAGGGAGCGAAAAAAUCGUACGGAACGAACCACAAGCACUCAGUAUUUUGCCUAAUUUACUCACAUGUCAACAUUGCAAUGCGAAAGUUCAUGGUGUAUUUGAUUUUUCCGGUAUUUUCAAAAUGACCUUGACCGAAGCAGGCUUAGUUUUGAUUGCUGGAUAGUAAUCUAAUGAUCUAGAUUAUUUGAUAGAAUGCAGAAAAACUCACAGAAACAGGUUUCAAAACUAUUGGUUUAAUUCUAGCUCGUUUUCAAUUCUAUCGUAUUAGGAAACAUCAUAAAACAAGAAAGGAAAAAUGCCGUCAAUUGAAGUAACCUUUUCUCGAUGGUUUUCCUGUUGCAUUCAAGUUACGGACUUUUAUUUUUCGAGCAAAUAACUGUCAAAUUCAAACUUUAAAGAGGGUACUUUUUUUGUUUUAUAGUAUUGUCAAUACAGUUAAUCCAGGAUUUUUUGACAAUAUUUUCGUUAAUCCAAAUAAGUUUCCACUACACGAUCCAAAGUAUUGUCAAUACUUCUUGUAUUGACGAUAAUAUUGUCUCGUGCAAAGGCCGCUUUACACGAGAGAGUAGUAUUGUCAGUAUUCAGUAUUGCCAAUUCUUUAUCAAUUUGAAAAUCAAAGUUUGAUCUUCGAAGUUUUAAAAUGUUAGAAAUUCUAACCUAUCAUUUAAUGAGAGGUAAAUAGCGAUCAGAGAUUGUCGAAACGGCUUUGCUUUUAGACUCGUGUAAGGCUUGAAAUUUCUUUGUAUUUCUCAUCUAUGAUAUCAUUGUCAAAUAAUCAAUUCCAUAUAAAGUGAAUGAACUUGGUAAUCGAAUUAGUUUGAUCAACCAUCGAAUCAGCCUUAUUUGGUUACCACCGCCUGCAAGCUUCCUGAAAACCAACACACUUAAAACCAUUUCUUGAGCUCGGCAUAAUAAAAUGCCGAAACUGAUCAGCAACACGUAAAUUUGCUGAUUGCUCAGUAAUCAAUACGCAUGUUUCUGAGCUUCGUUAAAUGCUUUCACUGAUAUUUCGGUAAAAUGCUUCACUUUGCCGAAAUUUGGCAUAAUUGCUUGCUGAAUUUAUCAGUAAACAACAGAUAUGCCGACAUCAGCAGAGACGUUUGCCGAGAUUUCGGAAUAUGCGCUAGCUGUUGCCGAGAUUCAGCACGACAGCUGUCAUUUAUUGCCGCGUUACAUUUUCGCUUCGCAUUGUGCGAUUAUUUUCUAAUGAAAUUCUCGAGUGAAAAAAUGGAUAAUCUUCGAAGAAGCGUGGAACCACUUGCAAGUGAAAAUAUUGAAUAAAUAUAGUGACAUGUUUCGCUUUAUAAAAAGCGUCUUUAUCAGAGCACUCGCGAUUAUAAGGGAAAAACACCCAACACGGGUCUCAAAGCGUCCUCGAGACAAAACUUUGGGGGAUAUGCGAAAAAAUAACCCAAUGCAUGGAAUAAUUCAAUAGAUCAAGGUAAGUUUAUUUGAACAAUACCGUAUAUGCAUCAUUAAAUAUUGAACAUUUUUGUAAGCCAAAAAUCAAUAUAUAUUUUUAUUUUCAUAUUUCCAGCUCGACUCAAGGUGGCCGCAUCUGGAAACGCCGCUUUUUAUUUAUGCUACAUGUUUUCAGGUAGGCUUUAAGCACUAUUGGCAACAAAUUUGUAAGCCUCCUUUAAGUGUUAAUAAAAUGAAUUUUUUAUCCUGAA